ACCUGCGGCAACCGUCGGCCGGGCGACAGAGACAGAGAGCACGGACGAGACAGCGUGUGCUGCUGACGCAUACAAACUCAUUCCAGAACUGGAGGAGGGGGAGGGCGCGACAGAGAGGGAAGCAGCGAGGCGCGCGCGCGAAAGACAGAGAGAGAUGAAAAUGAGGAGGGAGGAAGGAACGGGAACUGGCGUGCAGGGUCUGCAGGCAGGCGCGGCGCUCUCCGCCAGGCAGGCAGCCAGGCAGGCAGGCAGUCGGCAGUCUAAACAACGCGAGUUCGAGCAAAGGAUCGCGCAGUGCGCGCAGCAGGCGCGCCGCAGUUUAGACAAACGGUUGUCUAAACGAACACGCAUCUUCAGAGCUGCAUGCUGCAGCCACACCGAUUUAUCCCAGGCGAGCCCACCGGCAUUGCCCCUCCUGAACCGCCCGGCCCGGCCGCCUCCUCGUCAGCUCACCGCCCCUGGCGCCCCUCCAGACCCAGGGCGAUCCCGCCAGGACGAGGCGGUUCACGUUCAAACCGUUCAAGAGCUCGGCCGAGGCGUGGAGCCCUGGCCAUGUGAACCGAGUGGCGGGCCGCGGCUGCACGGUGACAGUGACAGUGCCGGGGUGCGAGCGCUCAGCAGGCGGUCUGCACGGCAACGCGACUAGACUGAUGGCAGUGAAAGUUAGUGCAACCAGUGCAGACACUCAAGACACUGACAGACUCGCAGCUGCAGUGCCCGUUUUCUCAGAACGCUAAGCGUCUGAGGCUCCACUCGUCACAAUGACUGACUGUGCAAUGAUAUUAGUGCUGGCCUGUCUCGUCGUCGCAGUGGCAGGCACUGCAAUGAACGACUUGGAGAUCAGCGAGAGACCUGCACUGCUGAUACCGAAAUGUUGCCUCGAAGAGGAGGUCAUCACCCAGUCAGGGUAUUGUGAGCAUGUCAAUGUAACAGGGCUGAAUAAGUGGAAGCCGAAGUUCAUGACAGAGGAUGGGCAGAUACCACCAACGCAACCAUACUACAAGCUGACAAUUGGACCGCCAGUGUGUCCACGGCACCGCCAGUUAUGGUCAAUUUAUUCCUAUGCUGGAUCUACAGACAGACUAGUACUCUUACCCAACGGAAUACUGCGCCAUUAUGCCAGGGACAAAGAGUCAUUUGAAUCAGGAAGCAAAUAUGGCAGUAGUAAAUAUCUUCAAAUACUUGAGCACAAUGCACACCCUGAGGAACCUAGGUUUUAUGAUUACAUGCCAGGAGAAUACUGUCUUGAUAAAGCUGUUUUGGAGGAUGAGAGAGAAUCUAUUUUUUCACAAGUUUGUACACCAAAGGCAUCCACAGAUUGGAGCAAUACAGAUAUCUUAAUAGCUAGGAUAGUGGAUCCCCUGUGCCAUGUGCUGAGCAUUAUCUGCUACCUGGCAAUUGCAAUUGUGUACUUUGUUCUACCACAGUUGCGUGACCUGGUAGGAAAUAUUAUUACAACAAUAAGUAUCUGCCUAAUUGUCGCACAGACAGCAGAUCUUGUGCGCACAUUUACUGAAUUUAGCAGCCAUGUCAGUUUUCUGGUUGCUGAUGUGGUGCUCUAUACAGCAUUGAUGGCUGCAUUCUUCUGGAUCAACAGUUUAGGGUAUUAUGUCCACCGCCACUUUAAAUCAAGUAAUGUUUUUUUGCGGAGUACUGACGGUCGUAAAUAUUGUUACUAUUCUUGCUAUGUUUGGGGUUGCACUGCAACCUUGGGAGUGAUAGCACUAUUUGCACACUUUCUUUUUGAAACUAAUAGUAAAGAGGCCAAGGAUGGAGGGCCUGAAAUGGCACACGAUCAAAAAAUGUGCUCUGCCAAUCAAAGGAAUGUGGGAUGGAUGGGCAUCGCUGUAUUCUUCGUUCCUGUCGCAGUUCUAGUCAUAAUCAACAUUUACUUUUGGAGAAGCACAGCACACACUAUAAGCAGGAUAUCCUCAUUUGGAAGAAUCCACAGCAAACUCAAAUACAGUUUUCAGAUGUUUGUGAAGGUGUUUGUAAUAAUGACAAUCGCCUGGCUCUUCUUCAUGCUAACAUGGAUUCAAUCACGGAUUUUGUGCUACAUUAAUAUUACUACUAAUAUACUUCAAGCUUUACUCUUUCUGUAUAUUUGUGUGUUAAGUCAAAAAAGAGUGACAUUUCAUCUCCGUAAAACAUGCUGUUAUGACAAUUGUAUCUGUACUUGUUGCCGCCCAGGUGAACCCACCCCUGAAACAUGCGAAUGGGGAGAGGAAAUGCACUACAUUGACACCCUUGACAAUUUUAACUAACUUUUGCCUUUGACUGACUGAACGACAUGACAAUUGCAUUUAGUAGUAAUAAUAAGAACUGUAAUUUAUGUUACAAGUAAAUGUUGUUGAAAAUUUUAGUUUUAAUUUUGUUAACCAUGACAUAUUUUGGAAUAAAAAAAAAU